AUGCGUUCAAAGACUAUCUUCACUUCUUUGCUAGUUGCUUUGGCCGAAGCUCGUUUGGGUCAAGAACAAGGCAAUGGAGCAAUUGCUGCCAUUACUGCUCUCACUGAUUUCGGAACCUCAGGUGCAGCCGCAUCCCUCGGAGGGGGCUCCAUUCAAUUUCUCCUCGCGGCUGCCAACCCCUGCGGCAAACUCACCCAAGCCGACGCCAUCGUUGCGCAACUUGGCAAUGACCCUGCUGUCAUUUCCGCAGCGCGCGGUCUCGUAGCUGCCGAACAAAAUUUCAAUCCUUUCGUCGUUUCCGCCCCCAAUGUCUGUUCUGACCCAACUUUACCUACUACAGCCGCUCUUCGCGGUGUCGUUCCUUUGAUCGAUCCAGCUGUAGGAGGAAGCACAACAGAAAAUGUAAAUAGUGCAACAAGUACCACAACGCCAUUUGCAGCUGAUGGUCUUAGUGUUGCAGAUGUAAUGGUUGCGCAGGGUUUCUCAAAUUUCACAACUACAGAUGCAGCGGGAAAUAAGGGAACUUCAUCUGGAUCUACCGCUACGAGCGGAAGUGUAUCAACUUCGAAUUCCACUGCUAGUGUUGUUUCUUCAAAUAUUUCGAGUGUGGCUGUGGCUGCCGUCGCGGCGGUCUCUUCAAGUGCAGCUUGUGGAGGUACUACUCUUGUAACCAUUACUAUGGCCGCUACAGCCGCUGCCACUCCCGCAGCUUCCUCCUCUGUCGCCUUAAACAACUCUACAUCCUCUACCGCCUUAACCAACUCCACCUCCUCAAGCUCCCAAGCUUCCUCCAUCACCGGUCUCGACUUCGGUCUCUGCGUCCCCACCAUCAAAUUCGAAGCUGGACUCGACGGUCGUAAAGACACCGAAUUCACCUUCCAAGCCAUCGAUCCCUUAGUCAACAAAGGCCAGCAAGAAGCACUCAAUCCUAAUAUCAUCACCAAUAGAAUCUGCGAUCAAUUGGCUAAUGUGUGCAAUGCGAAUGCGGCGGCAAAAACCGCGUGUGCGGAUGCGAAAACGAAAAUUAGUGCGUUGGGCACGAAGGAUGUGACCACGGCGGAUGCUUGGAAUACGGCUUUGGGCUUUGAGGGCGCGAAUACAAAUCCGGAUAAUGCGCCUCAGGCGGGGUUAGUGGGUCAUACUUAG